CCAGGGUUUGCCCGCCCCUCAAAGGUGCUCCCGUCCCUGGGCAUGGUCAGCGGGGGCCGGGCGGGAGCCAGCCUCCCACUGCAAGGUUGAGACAAUCUCUCCUUGUCCCUAGAGGGGGUACAAAAGACAGCCCUUGGGGGUCAGGGACACUAAGGCUUUUGUUCAUUUAGCUUAGCCUGGCCUCCAGUCAGCAGCCCGGCAGCCUGCACAUGAUUAGGGAAUAGGUGGAGCCUUCCGGCUCUGCCAUUGUCUCCCAGCCCUGUGCUGCCCCGACCAGCUCUGGAAGAAGUAACACCUUUGGUAACUGGUUGGAUCCUCAGAGCUGGACUAGGAGGGAGAGCCCGGCGCCUGCGCCUGGAUCUGACCUCCCAGGCAGCCAGGGGCCCCGUCGGGCUGGAGCCUGACUGGGAACUGGAGGCAGGGGCAGCCGGCUGGCGCACAAGGACCAUGGGGAAUGGCAUGAACAAGGUUCUUCCUGGACUCUAUCUGGGAAACUUCAUUGAUGCCAAAGACCCAGACCAGCUGAGCAGGAAUAAAAUCACGCACAUCAUCUCUAUCCACGAGUCUCCCCAGCCCUUGCUGCAGGAUAUUACUUAUCUUCGGAUCCCAGUGCCUGACACCCCUGAAGUCCCUAUUAAGAAGCACUUCAAAGAAUGCAUCAACUUCAUCCACUACUGUCGCCUCAGUGGAGGAACCUGCCUUGUACACUGCUUUGCGGGCAUCUCCCGAAGUGCCACCAUUGUGACAGCCUACGUGAUGACGGUGACAGGACUGGGCUGGCGAGAGGUCCUGGAGGCAGUCAAAGCGGUCCGACCCAUCGCCAACCCCAACCCAGGCUUCAAGCAGCAGCUGGAAGAAUACGGCUGGGGCAAUGCCCGGAAGCUGCGCAGGCAACUAGAGGAGAAGUAUGGAGAGAGUCCGUUCAACGAUGAAGAGGAGAUCCGGGCCUUGCUGCCCCUGUGCAAGCGCUGCCGGGAGGCUUCCCCCUCGGGCAGCGCUGAGGGUACCCUGCAGAGACUGGUCCCCCGGCCCCCCAGAGAGGUCCGGAGACCUCUCCCUCUCCUCGCCCGAGUCAAGCAGACUUUCUCCUGCAUCCCCAGGUGUCUGUCCCGGAAAGGGGGGAAGUGAUGGCCGUGAGUUAUGUCCAGGCCCUUAUUUGCAGAGCUGAGUUGGGGGGGAGUCAGGCUCAGGACUCAGGAGCACAAGGCAGAUGACUGGAAAGAUGGACGAGACCGGGCUGCAGCAGACACACCGGCUGGGAGCAGCCUGAUGGUUGGGGUGGUGCAGGGACCCCUGCCUGCCCUGAAGAAGAACAGAACCCCUCCCGGGCUGAAACUGGCUAGGCUUCUCCCCGCUGAUGGGUUCUCCUUCCCACCUGUUUGUGUCUCUCCCCUGUCUUGUCUCCCUCCUGUCUCCAUGUCUCUGUUGGUUGCCUCGGUACUAGAGGGUCAAAGGAAGGUCCUAGUCUCCUCACCCCAUAAAAGAUGGUCCCAGAUCUGAGCUUCUGGGCCGUGGCGCCUGAUUCCCUGGGUCCCGCCCGUCUGGGUCUGGUGUUUGUGAGUCUGUCUGCUGUCUGCGUCUGUCUCUGUGUCCGAUCUGACGAGGCCCUGCUGCAGUAACUGGUGCCUUAGCUCUUGGGGAACCCCAGUCUGCCUGCACUGACUGAGCCCCUGCCUUACCAAGGAAAGGAACUCCGGGGAUGAGGAGCUGCUCCCACCUGGGAGAUGGAUCAUCCAGCCCCGCCUCCUUAUUUUACAAAUAGGGAGCCUGAAUCCUAGAGAAGAAAAUCCAGAUGUCCAAAUAGUAAGGGCAGAGGCAGAUUCCAGCGCAGCCCCCAACUCCAAAGUUAGAUCUCGAAGACAAAGUCCUGGGAGAAGUGGAGCAGGGUGGGCUGGGUCUAAGGGCCUAGGGGAAGCAAGGAGGAUGGGCUGAGAGAGACUGAAAAUGGGGGGUAAGGUUAAAAAUAAGACUGAAAAUGUGCAGGCCUUCACUUGGUACUGCAGGCAUUAUUCCCAUGUUGUAUCGGAGAAAAUAGCCUAAAAGAGAUUCAGUUACUCACCUCUAAGUAGCCAGUGUCAGAGGGGAGACUUGAGUACUUCCCUCACCGGGCUCCAAGUCUGACACUCUUACCACUAUACUACCCUGCCUCAUUUCACAGAAGGGGAAACUGAGGCCAGAAAAAGGAAGGGACUUGCCUGAAGUUGAAUCCUUUUUCUGACUUCAGUUCUGUCCUGGAGACUUCUAAAAAUACCAGUCUGGUCUCCAACCUCUUUGUAACCUCAGCUGGAAGCUGGGAUCCUAGACAAUGCUUGAACAAAUUAGAUCUUGUUGGGGCUCUUUUAGGGAGAAGAUUUCCUACAGCCGUGGCUGAGCUAGCAGCCAGUGGAGCCCCAGAUUGUGCCCCAGACUGGUCCUGGAUUCUAGAACAGCCCCCACUCCACUGAAACUAGGCCAAUUCAUGACACUGAGCCCCCAACACCCUCAUAGCCCUCAUUCCCCUGAGCAACCACCCUCAUUGAACCUCAAUCACAGAGUCACUUUUCCCCUGCUCAGAAACCUUAUCAUUUCACCACACACCUUAAUUUAUUUAAUUUUUUUUAAAAAAAAACAAGGUAGGUUGAUGCUUUUGACAUCACAGUCAUUUUGCUCUAUCAUAGCCUUCUUCAUUCCUUCCUAUCUUCUCAUUGAAUAUAUUCUUUCAUAUGAAAAAGAAAAACAGAUAAACACAACCAAUACAAUGACCUUGUCUGGCAGUGUAUGCAGCAUUCUUCAUCUCUACAGAAAAGAGAGAGUUUCUGGCUCAUUUAUUCUGGAGACCAAGAUUGGUCAUUACAAUUACAUAGAAUUGGUGAGGAUUUUGUUUGUUUGUUUACGUGGGUAUAGUCAUUGUGUAUUAUUUUCCUGUUAUUUCUUUCUGCAUCAAUUCAUACAAGUCAGCCUAUGUUCUCCAAAUUCUUCAAAUUGGUUAUUUUUUACAUUGCAAUAAUGUUUAUUACUUUACACACAUGUAUCAUAAUUUGUUUAUCCCUUCCCCAAUGUCCACACAUUUACUUCUAUUUUGGUUUUUUUUAAUACCACAAAAAAUGCUGCUUUAAAUUUUUGGCAUCUAUGGGGACCUCAUAAAUUUGAUCUCCUUGGAGUAUAUGCCAAGUAAUGGAAUGUUUGGGUCAAAGGGUAUGAAGAAUUUAGGGACUUUUCUCACAUAACUGUAAAUUAUUUUCCAUAAUGGCCAAUGCACAAUUCCAUCAGUAGUGUAUUAAUGUGCCUAACCUCUCCCAGUCCCUCCAAUAUUGACUUUCUAUCUUUUGUCAUCUUUGGCAAUUUCCUGGGUGUGAGAUAAAACCUCAGAGUUGUUUUGAUUUACAUUUUUCUUAUUGGUGAGUUG